AUGCCUAAAAGGAGUGCCAAAGAGUCUAAACCACUGAAGACGACAAAGAAAUUGAAGACUACUGAGGAGGAAGACAAUGGCGUUGACAGUGGAAUUGACACCAAAGCUAAGUCAGACUUAUGUAAGACAACGGCUAAUGAAACGAAUGAAGAGUGCAGUCGUGUGUCAUCUAUUGGAUCCAAAUUCAAUAAGAAGAUAAUGUCUUGGAAUGUGGCCGGACUUCGAGCUCUUCUCAAGAAGAAUAGACUCAAAGAUUUUGAGACAGAAGACGCAGAUAUAGUGUGUCUUCAAGAAGUCAAGUGUCAGCAGAAAGACAUUCCCGAAGAGAUCAAUGUUUGGGCCAAAUAUAAGUACAAGUAUUACAAUUUGGGCGAAAAGCCGGGAUAUUCUGGGGUUUGUCUCUUCAGUAAAGAGAAACCAUUACAAGUGAAGAAUGGCAUCGGUUUGAAAGAACACGACUCCGAGGGUCGGGUCAUUACCGCUGAGUUCCCUGACUUUUAUUUGGUGACCACAUAUGUGCCCAACUCUGGCAGAGGACUCGUAAGACUCGAUUACCGCCAGAAAUGGAACAAUGAUUUCGACGAAUAUCUCAUUGCUUUGAAAGCGAAGAAAGGAGUCAUACUUUGCGGUGAUUUGAAUGUCUCUCACAAAGAGAUCGAUUUAGAGAACCCGAAGACUAACACAAAAACGGCCGGAUUUACCGCAGAAGAGAGAGAAGACUUCACUCGAUUCCUCUCCAAAGGGUUUGUCGACUCUUUCCGACACUUUUAUCCCAACGACAAGAAGUGUUACACGUAUUGGAGUUACUUCAGGAACGCCAGGGAUAGAGACAUCGGAUGGAGACUCGACUACUUUGUCGUCUCCGAGCAGUUGAUGGCAAACAUCUGCGACAACCAAAUUAGGAAACAAAUCAAAGGCUCCGAUCACUGCCCUAUCCUUCUCUACCUUUCCAUAUAA